AUGUGGAAAAUCUGCACCGCCUUACACUCUUAUGUCUGCAACCUGCAUGGCUCAUCCAUUCCUCGCAGAGCGGUCGACAUGUACUGACACUCCUGGGUCUUGUCUUUUGGUCACAAUCUGUACCAUGGGAUUGGCGUGUCCGAGAUUCAGCUUUUAAAAGAAGUGAGGACUUAGUUCUCCAGAGGUGAUCUUCGAUGGAUGUGACUCCUUUCUCCAGAUUUGAUUUCUCAAACCUGGGCACACCUCUGCUGGAAAUCCUUUGAGGGACCUCCAGAGAGGAAUUGUGAGAUUAUUCUGCUCAUGAGUUGAUUUUUCUCUGUUUCUCUGUUGGAAAAUGCAUAAACUUGUCUUCCACUUUCAUCUGUUCUUCACAGACCUUUCUCUUAUAUUGAGGUCUGUUUAAUGACACCCCUUCCUAUGCCACUCCUAAGAGAUCCUCUUGACUCCUCAAGCAUGAAGGCUCCCUUGCCACCUUCAACAGACUCUGAAAUAUUGGAAAAAUUGCUAAAUUCUUGGAAAGCAACAGAGUUAUGCCUACAGAACCUGGGCAUGAUGGACCACAAAGGAAAACCAUGCUGAAGAUAUGGAUGCUCAGAAAAUAAUUAAGUGUACAUCUUCCAGCAACAGCCAAAAUUGUAGAGGUUCAAGAAAGGUGCUGGCCCCUGAAUGUCCUGCUGGUGAAGGCUGCUGGUUGGUGAGAAGAUGAACAAGGCCAGAGACCAAGAUGGCUCCAGCAGUCCUAAUAAUGGCAGAGAGUCGCCAGUGAGCAAUGGCUUCAUAGCUGGUGAUUCGGGAUUCCUGAAUGCUGUUUGGGCUUCCAUACAGACAUCUGCUUCUGGGGAGAGCAUGGGAUGGGUUAAUGCAUGCCCAAACCAGCUUCUCCAAGUCACUAGGCACCUCAGAGACAUUGAUGAAAAAUUCCAGAAUUUCCGGGAACUUUUCCAAAGAGGUGGUCCCACGUUUUCUGGCCCUGUCGACGUUAGAUUGACUGACUUGCUUCAGACCGUCUCAUCUUUUCUGGGCAAGUAUCAGGCCUUGAACUGCAGGGAGGCCAUUCAGCAAACCACGGCUGCCCUCAUCACCUGCGUUAAUGAUCUCAACAGCCAAGCAAAAGUGACUGAAAACAAGAAACGCUACAGUGAAAUUUUCCGGAGUCUAGAUGCCCUGGAAAUUUCAAUUGGAAAUGCGGCUGUUGAUAUGUUCAUUGAUGAUGUUAAUGACAAUGCUACACAAGUGUCAAACCCACAGGAGGAAAAUCUCCAGCAAGAAAUUUUCCAUAUUUGUGAAAAAAAUGUGGAGGAAGGAGAACCAACAAACAUGUCAGUGGAAGAGGCUGAUGAGAUGCUGAUCAAGUGUGACGGAGGUGUGGAAGAAGCCCUUGGGUAUGCCAAAAUGUGGUGCAAAUAUGUCAAGGAGCUGUUGAACUGGGUAGACAAACGCCUGGCUCAUGAGGUUGAAUUUGCAAAGAACAUCCUCAAGAUUGCUGAAGCUGGCCGAAAUGCUAUUUUUCCUCAGCACUAUAUGCCAUUGCAGACUCUGUACACCAAGGUCAUGGAACAUGACAUAAGGGCAGGAAACGUAGCCCUUGAGACAGCUUCGGUUUUGCAUCUGAAAGAGUAUUAUGAGCCCCUUUGGGCCAAGAGGAAUGAAAUUGAGAAAUGGCGGAAGGAAUUCAAAGACCAGUGGCAAAAGGAGCAGAAAAGAAUGAAUGAUUCCUUGUCCUCCAUGCGCAAGUCCCGCCUCCAUUAUCUCCAGCGCUGUGAGGAUCUGGAGAAGGCCAAAGUGCUGAGCGCCAAGGCAGAAGAGGAAUGCCAGGGCAUGGCAAGCAGUGGCAACAAACAGCUGGAGAAACGGCGCCGCUACCGAGAUGAAGCACAAUUAAAGGUCCAGGAAUCAGAGGUUGUGUACAAGGGAUGCGUCUUUGAUGCCAAUAACCGACGUCAACGGCUGGAGAAAGUGAGGGAGAGAAUUAUCUCUCACAUCCGCAAACUGAUGUUCCAGGGAGAUGAGGUGCUGACACGGGUGACACUGAGGAUGUUCAAGCUCCAGCAGGUCCAAGCAGAACGAAUCCCUGUUGGAUACCAGAACCUGACUGAGUUCUGCAAGCCUUACAAGGUUGGGGAGAAAUAUCUGGAAUUCAUUCAGAAGCUGCAGAGGAAAGAACUACCAGUGGAGAUCUACGAAUUUGAGGAAUUUAUACCUUCAGGGCAAAGGUCACCUACCAAUGCUAAAAGAAAGAAUGCCGCUCAGUAUAUGCGUAUCUCAUCCUCUACCGUUGACCUCAACAGCUCCUUAGAAGAAGCUUCUGGAAAGACAUCUUCCUCCAGUAGUGAGCAAAGUGCCAACAAAUCCUUCUGCAGUGACACAGAAAGCCUGGGAGGGAGCACUGAAUGCCAGUUCUUGGAUUCGGCCAGCUCCAGUCCAGGCCACAAGAAGUUGCUGAAAGCUCCAUCUACUGGCACCGUGUCCUCCUCGGAGGACUGUGAAGACAGGGAUCUGAUACAAGCCUAUGACAAUGAUCUCAGUGAUGUAUCGGAAAAUGGCUUGCCCCAUGGCCUGCUUAAGAACAUAAAGCUGUCAAGUGCUGCUCAGACUCACCGGCUGCGGAAGCUGCGGGGCCCUUCAAAAUGCAGGGAGUGUGAGAACUUCGUUGUCAGUGGCCUUGAAUGCGAAGAGUGCUUGCUGGCCUGUCACAAGAAAUGUCUUGAGAAUCUUCUCAUCAACUGUGGCCAUCAGAAGCUGCCGGCACGGGCGUCAUUGUUUGGGAUUGACUUCAUUCACGUGCCAAGAGAUUUCUCAGAGGAGGUCCCAUUCAUUGUGGUCAAGUGUACCUCAGAGAUUGAAGCCCGUGCUCUGGGAGUGCAGGGAAUUUACCGUAUUAGUGGAUCCAAGGCUCGUGUGGAGAGAUUAUGCCAGGCCUUUGAGAAUGGACGGGGACUGGUGGAACUCUCCGAUCAUUCGCCUCAUGACAUCACUGGAGUCCUGAAACAUUUUCUUAAGGAGCUUACUAGCCCUGUGCUCCCAUUCAAGCUUUAUGAUGCUUUCAUCACUCUGUCAAAAAGUUUUCAAAGAACAGAAGACAGAUCAGGGGAUGAUUCUGAGACAGCGGCUAAUCCCAUCAAAAGCACAAAGGAUUUACUAAGCAAAUUGCCUGCAACAAAUUACAACACUUUACGGCACCUCAUUGCUCACCUCUACAGGGUGGCCGAAAGAAAUGAAGAGAACAAGAUGUCUCCCAACAAUCUAGGGAUCAUCUUUGGCCCAACACUAAUCCGCCCUCCCUUUAGCAACGAUAUUUCCAUGACAUGUCUGUUGGACUCAGGGUAUCAGUCCCAGCUGGUUGAGUUUCUCAUCCUCAACUAUGAAAGGAUCUUUGGGAUGGAUGACUUGCCUUCGACAGGACUUUGUGAACGUGAAAACUCACUGAAAGAAGGAAAUGCCAAUGAUGCCCUUUCAAGCAGUGAAAGAGAUCUUCUUGAUGUGUCUUCUGAGAAAAAUUCUUCCAAGUUGUAUCUGGAUGAAGAAGAAGAUGUGGCUGAAGAUCGUUCUAACACUGCUGACAGGCAGGAGGAAAGCAAGGAGGAAACACACUGCUCUGAAAACAGAGACACCGUAGACCUGAACAGCAGAGACAACACUGAACUAAAGGACUCUCUUCUUGAGCCAGAUCCUGAGAUUGGCCCACAGUCCAGGGGCCGCUUCAGCCGGGUGCCUGUGAAACAUCCUCGCGCCAUCAUCCCCAAGGCAGCCACCCUGCCCCUGCCCACCGCUUCCCACUCUAGCUCAGAAGCAGGAGAGGCAAGAAGACGCAGUGCCUCACCUGACCCCCGUGGGAAAUGCAAGCGCUUUGAGAUCACCCCAGAGACUGCCAGGAUUGUCUCCAAGCUCCAGCCUCUUCAGAGCAGUCCAGACUGCUAUCCAGCUGAGCUGGAAGUCUCAUUGCAAGGCAAGCUUGGGGAUUCACUUGUAGGAAGCCAGGCUGAAUUUUGAGCAGUGAAGCUUUCAAUUUCUGGGAACAAAUUGAACCAGAGAGAUAGAAAAAUCCCAAUUCCUGGAGAUAGUUUGGAAUAGCCAGCUCAUCAUUCUGCAAAAACAGAAUAUAGGAGUUCACAUCUUUUUGCAGACCAGACAAGUAUACUUGCAAAUUUGUGGAGAAUCAGCCCCGGGUGCAUCUUGCAUGUGUUCCAAGAGAGAAGGCAGAACAAUUCUUCCUCCAGUUUUAACUGCUGCAUGUUGGCUGGCUGUAUUUGCAGAGCUAUCCCUAAUGAAGUGAAUGAGCCAGUAUUGAAAUGAUGGGACCCUAUAAACUACAAACCCAACAAUCCAGGCUGAUGCUUCUGGACUCCCCCUCCAAGGGACUGAUGAGUUAGCUCAGCACUCUUGUUAGGAUGGAAGAUUUCUGAAGGGAAAGGGACAGAAAUCACAUGAAAAGGGGGUGAUGUGCCAGUGGUGCUGUUAGCAAGAUAUGACUACUUUUUUCUAAGACCUAUGUUGGAUACAAGACGUUUGAAGUGGGGUGGGGCUGCUGUGAUCAGGGAGUUAACUAUUCAUGUAGGACGUGAUGAUUCAGGAUGCAAUUUUCAAGCUGGGCUUGGUGUGCUUAGAAAGGAUGGUGUGGUUGUGUUGCUGGGAGUACACAAACUUGAUUGCAUGUACCGUAAAUGUAGAAAUAUCAAUUGACUUUAUCACACAAGGCUGUUUAAUUACAGUUACAUCAGGAUAGUAGUGUGUUUGGCAUGUACUUAUUAGAUUAUGUUGUGCUUCUCCUGUUUCAUUAUGCUUCUGUUUGCUUCAAGAAGCCAAUUGCUGCGAUACACCAGGCUUGUGUGAUAAAGUUGAAUGUGUCAAGAAAGAUGAAUCCCUUGCACUGUAUGUAUAUUCUGCGCAAAACAAACAUUUUUUCAGAUCUCUUCUCCUUUUCUGAACUGUUGUUGUUGUUGUGCAUAAUUUAUUCUACUCAGGCUAUUUGUGAUGAAAAAUAAGACUUAGAUAUGAAUCCCACCCCACUUGAAUCCCUGAAAGUCUUGUUAUCAAACUUUUGAGGUAUUGGAGAUUCUAAUGGUCCUUAACAGUAACUUUUAGACAAAUAUUGCAACCAUGGCAAUUAGAAAGGCAAGGAAACAAUCUUGUAAGAAAACUAAAUUCUAUAUUUUCAACCAGAAUAUUUUUUUUGGUAGGGGUGGUAGUGUGGAAGAAGAAAAGACCAGAGUGAAAUGUUGGGAGGAGCCAUGACUGGCUGAAAAAAGAGGGAGAAAAUGCCAAUUUCCAAGUGUACCACCUGCAUACACAGUGAAACUGAUGCAUACAAAACAUAAACAUUUUUUACAUGUCAUUUCCUAGAUCAAAGUGGUAUCCGUACACAUACUUCCUAUUCAUUCCAUUUGAACCAGCAAAAGUUGCAUGCACAGCCACCAAAUAAAUUAACACAUCUAGCUACUGAAACAUCUUAGAAGUGCCAUCUCAUCUUGAUUUGACUCUGAAGCCAGGCAUUUUCCCAAACUGUUUUCUUUCAUCUUUGCCCAAGCACAAUUUCUUCCCAAGUCACAAAAGAAAGAAGUUUUAGCAGGGAACUGCUAUUCCUCAGUAUUGUGUGUAGUUUGCAAUUUCAUGCAAGAAUAGAUUCCUAUCAUUCUCCUCCCUUAAUCUGUGACGCAACAUUUAGUGAGUCCUGCUCAAGUUAAGGACUCUGGCUAACAGAUUUCAUAAAGGAGCAGUUAGGUGGAAUCAUGGGUUAUUUCAUGAGGAAAUUUAAAGAUUUGGAAUGGGACACAAAGCACAAACUCCACUGGAUAAAUAACACCUGCCUCAGAUAAGUCUGCCCUGGAGUUACACCUGAAUGGAGAGUAAGUGGGUCUCGCCUCCUGCCACAGGCUAGGUUGCAGUGGUGUUGAGCUCCAAAAAUGUCCUGAUAACAACAUGGGGCCACUGAGACUUCUAUGAAGUUGAGACUCCUCAGGAAUUAUCAGUGAGAAGUAUAUUACAUGUUCAAUUGCUGAGAAAUAAUAUGACAGUGUUGUCAUUGAGCUUUUCCAGGAAAACAUCCUGCACAUUCUUACUUCAGUAUAAACUCCAUUGAAGACAUGGGAAGGGGGAACACUUUCUGUGGAUACACUGUACUUGUCAGACUGUUCAUGUUGACAUAUGCAUGAAUGGUAAUGAAUGAGGAUAGUCACUUGUCUUACUCCUGCAAAUAAAUAAGAUAAAUAACAAUGCCCACACCCCAAUUUUAGAAACAAUUAUG